CUCCUCCUCCUCAACCCCUAGCGUCCCUUCCAUCAGAGACUCCUCUCUGCUCAUCCACUCUUUCUCUGGACUCUGGAAGACGCGGUGACCAUCGGCCAGCUGCCAUGAAGUCUGCUCUGGGCCUGCUGUUGCUCAUCUCUCUGGCCUGCCACAGCAACGCCCUCCAAUGCCACACAUGCGUGGCGUCCAAUGAGGAAGACUGCAACAGACAGGGCUCAACCUCCUGCCCUCAGUACGCUGAUGCCUGCUCCACCAUCACAGGACCCAACACCGUAAUGAAAUCAUGCACGUACAAGGCCUUCUGCGAGAAGGCUCACGGCGUCGGCUCCGGAGCCAAGAUGGAAUGCUGUUUUGGCGACGACUGUAACGGGCCCCACCGGAGCCACAGCCAUGGGAAUCACAACCGUGCAGGGGCUCUGGCCUCCAGCCCCGUGCUGCUGAUCGCGGCCCUGCUGCUGCGUGUGGCCGUCAGUCAGCAGUGAUUCAUCAGUCAAUUUUUCAAGAAGGAUUUGAGUGGCAGAGUUUCACAUUUGACUGUGUUGGUGCUGUGAAGGUGGUCAAUCCCAUAAACACAAGCUUCAGCGCCUUUGAUUUUGUCAUUUUUUUAAAUCAUAAUCAAAAAUCUCACAAUCUAUUAUCAACAGUGGUGUGUUCACUCUCAGGUGAUGUAAAGCUGUGAAUGCUAACCUGUGAACCUGAGCGUGUUUGUGGUAAAUAAGCGUGUACAAAGUGCAGUACACUUACCCAUGGCUUUUGUUAUAGCCGCCAAGUGUGGUUUCUCUAGGUGCUGGGGUGCCUCAGUGGGUAGCAAGUGUGCAGCUCGCUUGACGCCACUGAACCACAUUGUUCAACUAUGUCGUUGCCAUGGGAACCAGAAAGGAAGUAUUUUAACACCACAAUAUUUAGACUUUUGUAAUGGUGUGUUUAGUGCUUGAAUUGUUCAUUUUUUGUGCAUGCAAGCUUGUCUGAAUAAAGACACCACACCCUUA